CCGCGCGGGGAUAACGGGUCGUCGGAAGCGGGGCGCGGCGGGCAGACAGGCUCCCGAUCGCCCUCGGCCGGAGGCAGCAGCCCCAAGCAGCGGCGGCGGCGGCGGCGGCGGCGGCGGCGCCAGGGAUGGGAUGGGGCCCCGGAGGAGACGCCCCCGGACGGGCAGCCCCACGGCGGGCCGCGCCUCGCCCUCCGCCCCGGGGGCCCUGAAGCCGAAGGCCAGCCGGGCGGCGCCGCUCCAGCCCCCCCAUGGAUCUGGACCUGGACUAUGAGCGCCCCAACGUCGAGACCAUCAAGUGCGUGGUGGUGGGCGACAACGCCGUGGGCAAGACCCGCCUCAUCUGCGCCAGGGCCUGCAAUGCCACGCUCACCCAGUACCAGCUGCUCGCCACCCACGUGCCCACCGUCUGGGCCAUCGACCAGUACCGCGUGUGCCAGGAGGUGCUGGAGCGCUCGAGGGACGUGGUGGACGAGGUUAGCAUCUCGCUGCGGCUCUGGGACACCUUUGGGGAUCACCACAAAGACCGGCGCUUCGCCUACGGCAGGUCGGACGUGGUGGUGCUGUGCUUCUCCCUGGCCAACCCCAACUCCUUGCGGCACGUGACCAGCAUGUGGUACCCCGAGAUCAAGCACUUCUGCCCGCGCACCCCCAUCGUGCUGGUCGGCUGCCAGCUGGACCUGCGCUACGCUGACCUGGAGGCUGUGAACCGCGCUCGGCGACCGCUGGCCAAGCCCAUUAAACCGUCGGACAUCCUUCCCCCGGAGUGUGGGCACGAGGUGGCAAAGGAGCUGGGCGUCCCCUACUACGAGACCAGCAUGGUGGCUCAGUUUGGCAUCAAGGACGUCUUUGACAACGCCAUCCGCGCCGCCCUCAUCUCUCGCCGGCACCUGCAGUUCUGGAAGUCCCACCUGAAGAAGGUCCAGCGCCCCCUGCUGCAGGCGCCUUUCCUGCCCCCCAAGCCUCCCCCGCCUGUCAUCCACAUCCCCGAGCCGGCGCCCGGAAAGGGCCGGGGCCCCGACGCCCUCUUCCGCCAGCCGCUGUGUGCCGACGUGGUCUUCUGCCUGCAGGGGGGCCAGCGCGUCUUUGCCCACCGGGUCUACCUGGCCACGUCCUGCUCCAAGUUCUACGACCUCUUUGCCCUGGACUCUCCCGUCGCCGAGGCCGCGGGGGCCAAGGAACCGGCGGGGAGGACUAGGAGCUUGGAUGCCGACACCCAGUGUGGCUCGCCAGCCGCGGCUUCUCUCCGGGCCUCGCAGAGCGACGACCCCCUGCGCUUGGGUCGGGCGCCCCGGGCGCUGGCGGGCUGGGGCCGGGGCUUUGUCAGCAUGCGCCAGGAGGCGGUGCGCGACCCCCUGACGCAUCGCGAGAAGCCCAUGGCGGCCGUCUACCUGGACGGGCUGGUGCAGGCGGGGCCUUUCCGCGUGGUGCUGGAAUACCUGUACACGGGGCGGCUGGAGCAGCACGGCGCCGACCUGAUGCAGGUGGCGGCCAUCGCCGAGCUGCUGGAGGUGUUUGACCUGCGCAUGAUGGUGGCCAACAUCCUCAACAAGGAGAGCUUCAUGAACCGCGAGAUCACCAAGGCCUUCCACGUCCGGCGCGCCAACCGCAUCAAGGAGUGCCUGAGCAAGGGCACGUUUGCAGAUGUUGUGUUUGUGGUCGACGAUGGGUUGGUGCCGGCCCACAAGCCUCUUCUCCUGGCCGGCUGCGACUUCAUGGUCGCCAUGUUUGGGAGCACCUUCCGGGAGAGCUGCGCUGCGGAGGUCUCCUUGCCAGGCACCAACUGCGCCUGCCUGCGGGCCGUGCUGGAGUUCCUCUACACGGGCCUCUUUGUCCCCACGCCAGACCUGGACGCCAUGGAGCUCUUGGUGCUGACCAACCGCCUUUGCCUGACCCGCCUGCAGGCCCUGACCGAGCAGUACGCAGUGGAUGAACUGGUUCAUGCCAGCCUGCAGAAGGUGGAGAUUGACGCCCAGGUCAUCCUCUACCUGGAGAUGACGCAGUUCCACAAUGCCCGCCAGCUGGCUGCCUGGUGCCUUCACUAUCUCUGCACCAACUACAACAGCGUCUGCCGCCGCUUCCCCCGCGAGAUGAAGUGCAUGUCUCCAGAGAACCAGGCCCACUUUGAGCGCCACCGCUGGCCCCCGAUCUGGUACCUGAAGGAGGAGGACCGCUACCUGCGCCUGCAGAGAGAGCGCCAGCUGGAGGAGGAGAUGCUGCAGAAACAGCACCCACGGCGCAAGUGGUGCUUCUGGCGCCCCCAGCACACCAGCCACGUCUCCUGAGCCCCCUCCCCACCCCGCCCGGGCUCCCAGGGGACCCCGGCCGGGCCUCUGCCUUGUUUACACCCCCCCAGCCUUCCUGCCAGCUCUGUGCCUCUUGCCACGGCUGCCAUGCCUUCUCUCUCUCUCUCGUGUUUACGCCCUUUGCCCUGCCCCACAGAGCAGGCGGGCCCCGAACCAGCUGCCUCUCCAGUCGCUACCUCUGACCUUUGCAGUAUUCUGGGGGGCGGUGGGGAGGUUUGUGGGUGCAGGAGGAGGGGGGGUGGAGCUGCUACGAACCGGGGUGGGUCUGGACCCGCCCCACAAGGGGCCGGCUGGACCUGGGGUUGUUGUGUUGGGGGUCUCUGAGCCGCGUGGCUGUAGGUUGA